UCUUGUCUUCCAUCUUCAAACACUUCUACAACAUCCUCAAAAGCCAACACCCAUCUCUCCUGUCCUAAAAAUCAUCAGUUGUAUCACAAUGCGAACUAGCUGUAAUGGUUGUCGAGCGCUCCGUAAGGGAUGCAGUGAUGACUGUAGCAUCAAACCUUGCCUUCAGUGGAUCAAAUCUCCCGAUUCUCAGGCCCAUGCCACUGUCUUCUUGGCCAAGUUUUACGGCCGCGCGGGAUUACUAAAUCUCGUCAACACUGGCCCCACCCAUCUCCGUCCUGCUAUAUUUAGGUCGCUAUUAUACGAAGCUUGUGGCCGAAUAGUGAACCCAAUCUACGGGUCUGUCGGGUUAUUAUGGUCCGGAAACUGGCAGCUUUGCCAAGAUGCUGUGGAGGCGGUUUUAAAAGGAAGCCCAAUCACAAAAAUUGCAAGCGAGACUGCUGAAACUAAUGAUGGGCCGCCACUGAAGGCCUAUGACAUUCGUCACAUCCCGAAAGAUGAUAAUUCUUCCGGGUCGAACCAGCUUCACCGGGUCAGGAAUCGGUGCAGGUUCAAGAAGUCGGGUGCAAAAACGCAAGCUAGUUCGGGUUGGGUCCGACCCGAGGACGAGUAUACCCGAUCACCGAGUCAUGAGUCGACAUUGAGCCAUUUAUCUGAGGUGGCUAUUAAUGUGGAGGCUUCUAAAAACUUGGCUUGUGCAGAUACGGCUGAGCCCGAGCCCGAGGGUUCGGCCCAUUUUGAAGCUGAUGGGGAAAUUGAACUGGAGUUGACGUUGGGGUUGAGUAUCUAGGCGGGGUCUUAGAAACCCACUAAUUUUGGGCUUGUUUAGUUUUUAAUGGGCUUUUAUGCUUGUAUACUUUUGUCUUUAAUUAGAAAUGUACAAAUUGUGAUUAUAACUUUGUACUAAAGAUAGAUAACUUUGUUUUGAAUGGGCAUUCAACUUUUCUCAA